AUGGAUAUUGUCAUCACAGCAUUUGGUGAAUUUAUUUGGAUAUCCGCAUGUGGCAUUAUUAAUUUUUGUGUUAGUUCGGGUAUUAGUUGUUUAGUUAUAUUUGUUAGUUUAUUGUGUGCCAUCGGCACAUCGGCAUUUUAUCGUUGGACAUUAAUGCGAGAGAAAAGAGAUCAACUUCUAUUGGAAAAUCAAAUAAAAAUUUCAGAUAUGGAAGAACCGCCAAUUGAAGAACAACAAGUAGAAGAACAAACUAAUAAUGAACCAAUAGUUAAUGCUGACAAUAAAGAAUUGCUUGAUGAAGAAAAUAAUGAUAAUGAAAUAGUCUCAGUUGACGAUAUACAAAUAAAUGAAUCAGACACAACAUCGGAUGUUAUUAUUGAUACAAUUGAAGGAACAGAAGAAGAAAUUCGACAAAAACAACUUGAAAAUAUCUGUCGCUUAUUAAACGAACAAAAUUUAACAUCAAAUUGGUCAACAAUUGAUUUUCUAGAUCAGUUAAGAAUGUACGGUCUACAUGACGGAUUUGAACCAUCAGACGACGAGUUAGCCGUUUAA